AUGAAACUGGUUUUGAACAACUUUUUAAGAUUUGCUGACGAAUAUACUAUACGAAAUAAGGAUGCUGCCGACGUUGGGCCGGACUUUGUGUCAAAUCCUAUCAACGCAUAUUUACUUAUCAAACGAUUGACUUCGGAAUGGAAGAGGGUCGAAGACCUUAUGCGUGAAAAUUUGGCCGACAAAUACAUUCAAAACAUCACAGAAAAUCGCGAAAGAAAUCAGGUAAUUUCUGCUAAUUUUUUCUCUAAGCUGAAUAGUUGCUAAUU